UAUACUUCAGUAGUCUUUAAACGAACAAGUAACAUCAACUUGCAUUGAUCUCUGACGAAACAUUCCUAUCAUAUUGUAACAAUUGUCAAAAAAUAUAACAACUACAAACAGAUAAGUUAGAUAUAUUUUGUUUAGCUAUCAUUACGGGAAAAAGAGCAAAAUGUUACUUGUAGGCUUAAUAACUGCUCUUGUCGUUGCUCUGUGUUCUGUAUAUAUUUAUUACAAGUUUGUGGUGUUCAAUUUCUGGCGCAAGAAAGGUGUAUUUUACAUCGAUCCCAUUGUACCAGCUGGUAAUGUGACAUCUUUAAUACUUGGAAAAAUAUCAGUAGGCGAACUAUUUCGCGACAUUUACUUGCAAUAUAAAGACCAUCGUGCUAUCGGAAUAUACACAUUUUUCAAGCCGAACCUUGUGAUUGCCGAUCUCGAUCUUGUCCGAAUAGUGCUGACAAAAGAAUUUGGUAGUUUUCAUGAUCGAGGCUUCUACAUUAACGAAAAAAGUGACCCAUUAUCCGGCAAUUUGUUUUUAUUGCAUGGAAAAAAAUGGAGAAAUUUGCGCGCCAAACUCACACCUCCAUUUAAUUCAAGAAACCUCAAGCAAAUGUUUGGAGUGUUAAAAGAAUGCGGCGAAGAAUUCGGGAAAUCUUUAGAAAAAAUAGCCGAGACCGAAGAGAGCAUCGAUAUAAGAGAAAUAUUUGCGAGAUAUACCAUAGACGUAUUCAUGUCCGUUGCUUUUGGAAUCAAUUCAAAUUGUAUGAAAACGCCGGACAACGAAGUUCUAUACCAAGCAAAAAAAUUAUUUGAAUAUCAUAACUUUUGGUUCGCAAUCUUUGCGUGUGUACCACAAAUUCCCAAAUUCUUUGCUAUUCCUUUCAUUGAUCGGAAUACUUCGAAAUUUUUCAUAAAAAUGUUUCGAGAUACUGUGAAAUACAGACAAACUCACACUGUUGUCAGACAUGAUUUUAUGAAUCUACUUAUAGAGCUUAUGGAGAAAAGCUACGUCGCGCCUGACGAAAACGACACCGCCGACGUUUCUUCGAAUACGAGUAAGAUGUCUAUCCUCGAAGCGGCUGCGCAAGCAUACGCCUUCAUCGUAGGCGGCUUUGAAACUGCCUCAACUGCGGCGACGUUCUGUUUGUACGAAUUAGCAAUAAAUCAAGACGUACAAUACAAGCUUCGUCAAGAAAUUGAUGAAGUCCUGAAAAAACACGGCGGAGUGACUUACAAUGCUGUAAACGAUAUGACGUAUCUUCAUAAAGUAGUAUCUGAAACUAUGAGAAAAUAUCCACCAGGGCCGAUUCUGAAUCGCAUCUGUACCAAAGCUAUAAACCUUCCAACAACGGAUAUUCACAUACCGAAAGGAACUUUAAUUUCUAUACCUGUACAUGGAAUACACAGAGAUCCAGCGAUAUAUCCGGAUCCAGAUAAGUUUGAUCCCGAACGAUUCGACGCGGAUCAAAUAGCGGCUAGGCAUCCGUACGCUUACUUACCAUUUGGAGAAGGGCCACGAAUGUGUAUCGGUCAACGGUUUGGCUAUAUGCAGACAAAAGUUGGAAUCUUAAAUAUCUUAUCAAAGUUCAAGGUUAAACUUCACUCACGGACUUCGGUGCCACUUAUCAUCGACAAAGCAUCUGUAUUAUGUACGCCCAAAGGCGGUGUACAUCUCAUCAUUGAACCGCGAUAAUAUUGGUAUAAGCUUUCUAAAACCGCGUUUAAAGAUGUCGAGUAACAAUUUUUGAAAUGUUAAGAAUUAAAUAAGAAUUUUACAUAUUGAUCAAAAUUUCGAAGUAUUCCGAUCAAUGAAAGGAAUAGCAAAGAAUUUGGGAAUUUGUGGUACACACGCAAAGAUUGCGAACCAAAAGUUAUGAUAUUCAAAUAAUUUUUUUGCUUGGUAUAGAACUUCGUUGUCCGGCGUUUUCAUACAAUUUGAAUUGAUUCCAAAAGCAGCGGACAUGAAUACGUCUAUGGUAUAUCUGUUUCAUAUAUAUUCGAUUCACUGUAGCAAAGUUAAUAAGCAUUUUAGUUUGCUACGAGUUUACCUGUACCUUUAUGAAAAAUGUGUAACUGCGUUAAUUCAAGUGACUAGAAUAAAUAGAAAACCUGAUAGGAAUUACUUUGAACAAAGUGAAAUUACAUAUAGAAGAAAUAUUUGAUUAAAUACUUUGGCCAGAUGCUAGAUAGGUCAAAAGAUAAUAAAUAUAAGUUUUAUUGUGUUAUCUAAAUGACGCGUGAUUUUCUCUGUGAAAACGCGUGGAACUAUGACAAUGUUAGUAUUUAUACGUAAAAAAACACUACAAAAAUACAAAAAUACAAAAAAAAAAUAAAGAACAAAAACUUACAUUUCUGCACUUUAAUUAUGAAUACCGAUAAGAUUCUGCGUAAUUUUUAUUACUUACACUAUACACAAGAAAAGCGUAUAAUUGUCAACCAUCGAAUUUCAGCUACAUUUUGCUACGAUUGUACAUACAAACAACAUCCUUAAUCGUAGAACACUUCCAUUACUUUUAUUAUCAAUGUCGCAUUGUACAUACGACUACAAUGUUACGCAAACCUACCUAUAAAUAUAGCAAUCUAAAUAGUUUUAAAGUAAGUAGAAUACUUUUAAUUUGUAGUACUAAAAUGAAAUUGUUUGUCAUUGUAUGCAAUUUACGAGAUUUAUGUUGCUACUUGUCUAUUUACAGUUUGCGAAGUAAGAAAUAAGAAGUAAGAAAUUGAUUUUUAUACAAAAUGUAUAAUAAGAUUUGUCUGGUCUAAACAUCGUGUGUUAAUCGAAUUAUUUUGCUUACUUGUCAUUUUGUCAACGUGCUAUACUAAAGUUAUUGUUGCAGAUUAUUUAUUACACUUACUUCUCUUAUGAAAUAAACCGACGUGAAGUACUCAUUCAAAAACUACAAACCUAAUAAAAAAUAUAGUAUUUCAAGAA